UUGUUCAGUUUCAUCCUGCAUGAAAUGGUUUAAGGUCAGAGUAUAAAACGUACGACCUCCACAUCAAGUAAAUCAGAAUCCCUCAACAGGACGGGAUCCUCAUCUAGCAGUCAGGGUCCUGUAUCGUAGGGGUCACGAGAUGCGUUUGCUACUUAUAGCAAUCGCCUCCGGGGCGAUCCUCUGUGGAUUGUUCUCGAUGGUCACGUGUGAUGGUGGAUACAGCGGGUAUAGUAGCUAUGGCGGCUACGGUGGAAUGUACAGUGGUGGAUAUGGUGGACAGGGUUACUACGACCAGGGCUAUGGCGGGAUGCAGGGAUACGGCCAGGGAUAUACCGGGAUGCAAGGGUACGGAGGGAAAGGCGGAUAUAGUGGAUACGGUGGGAGUGGAGGAGGAUACGGUGGGAGCGGAGGAGGAUACGGUGGGAGCGCUUAUGCCAUGAACGUACCGUAUGGCAUAAGCGUUCCGCCAAUCGCUCCACCCCUUGGCCUAGACCAAAAUGGACUGUAUGGCGGUACCAACAGAGACUCCCUCUGGGCCGUCAUUGGCUUUGGAUUCCUCCUGUGGCUGCUUGCCACCGGCGCCAGUAGCAGAAUCGGUUAAACAAGAUGGAAUAGAACAACACUAUCUUUGUAUAUAUAUCUUUUAACGCAAGAGGACCAAACCGUCAUAUGUGUCACCAAAUGCCCCGUUUUAUAUUUUGUGAUGUUAUGUAUUUUUGAAAUAAAUUAUUUGAGUUAUUAUAAAAA